UAUGAGAUUUGCCCAGUUGGCUUGCAGAGAGCAGAAGCGGAGCUGACACAGAGAGGAACACAGUGAAAGAAGAGAGGCUGCUGAGUCCCGGGCACACGGAAGGGCUAAUUGCCGUUAAUAGGACGAUACGAGGCGGCUACACAUCUCAGCAGGAUUAUACACCUCAGGCCUGGCACGUGCAACUGACACUUAGUGGAGGAGAUCGGAUUUAGUCCCCGGACCGGGGCAUUUACGCGCGAUGCAUUGAGACUUGGUGGAACUUUCCUGGGAUCUUGUUACGUUAGUUCCGUAUCUGUUACGUUGUAUGAGCCGGUGGUUUUCCAUCAGGAUUAUGUGGCCGCUUGUUCUUUCUCUGGGGGGCUGAGUCAAGGCUCGUCCAAUCGCUGUCGAUUUACCUACUGGGGGAGCCUUCUCCCUAAUCUUGGGUUCCCCCCACUCCCUGAACCCCUUAACCGGAAAAUCAUGAACUUUCUGCCGAGCUGGAUCCACUGGGGCUUGGCUGUUCUCCUCUACAUCCCCCUUGCCCAGUUGUCUGGGGCAGCCCCUAUGCCUGGAGAGGGAGACCAUAAGCCAACAGAAGUGGUGAAGUUCUUAAAAGUGUACGAGCGCAGCAUGUGCCAGGUGCGGGAGAUUCUGGUGGAUAUAUUCCAGGAAUACCCAGAAGAGGUGGAGUAUAUCUUCAAACCAUCCUGCGUGCCCCUAAUGAGAUGUGCGGGUUGCUGCAAUGAUGAGAGUUUAGAAUGUGUUUCCACAGAAAGUUACAACAUCACCAUGCAGAUAAUGAAAAUCAAGCCUCAUAUAAGCCAACAUAUAAUGGAUAUGAGCUUUCAGCAGCACAGUCACUGUGAAUGCAGACCAAAGAAAGAAGUAAAGAUCAAGCAGGAAAAAAAAGCAAAACGAGGGAAGGGCCUUAAACGAAAGCGCAAGAAAAUCCGGUACAAACCAAAACGCUUUCAUUGUGAGCCUUGCACAGAGAAAUCCCAGAGAAAACACUUGUUUGUCCAAGAUCCCCAGACAUGUAAAUGCUCCUGUAAAAACACAGACUCACGUUGCAAAACGAGGCAGCUAGAGUUAAACGAGAGGACUUGCAGAUGUGAAAAGCCACGACGGUGAGGGUCUUCCUGCCUACAAAGUACAGAGUCGAUAUGAAGGAUCGGUACUCAGCACAGCACUUUGGUUUUAAGCAUUCCAAGAAGAGGGACAAGACAAAUACACCUUUGCAGAUUCUCCUUUUUCUUUCACAUGUUUAAUGCUGCUAAACACCAAGCACCACGAACCCCAUGGGCUUCAUUCAUCUUUUGUUUCUGGAGAAAUAUCAGUGAAGACUCUGUAUGUCCCAUACACACGGACGCAUACGCUUCGGGGUGAUAAAGAACACUUUUUAGAUUUUUUUUUCCAUUGGAUUUGCAGUUUAGCAAUACAACCUUUUCAAAUGAUUGGUGGAUAUUUAGUGCUCUAUUGAUAUCUCCUGCUUAUGAGAAUGGUUUAGACAUCAAGCUUGCAUCCUGCUGUAAAGAAUAUAAGGUGUCCGUGCCCUCACGCAACUUGCUAAGAACUGGUAUCUUGGAAAGGUUCUGAGAGUGUUUUAUUGACUUCUAGAUACUGUACUUAUUCAUCUGUGUAUUUGGAGUACUGCAAAUCUAAAGCGCAUUCUCUCGAUUACGUGGAAACCGCAAGAGGAACACUGUCCUUGUGGCUUUUUAUUUUGAUGGACCCUGCAAGAUUGACAUCGAAACAUAGUUAUUAUAAAUAUUAGACAUUCUAUGACCUUUUGGCUCCAGUUUAUCAGACACGUGCUUAGCCAGUGCCCAUGUUAUCUCUGUGGUCUUUGCACAACAUGGAAACCCAGGAGAAAAGCGUUUGUGAGCAGUAAAGUAAAGGGCGUUUGGUGGAACUGAUACAAUGAGUUUAUUCUCACCUCAUUGAGGAAGACUCACUCAUAAUGAGUGGAAGUGCUGUAAUACAAGUAGGACUCACUCAUAAUGAGUGCAGUCUACUUUCCCUUGAAUGAGACUUGCCUGUGUUGAGUGAGGCUGCCUUCCAGUGGGUUGAGUUUUCAGACUCUCCACAAUUUAGUUGCAGUUUGUUAAAUGUUAGAAACAGGACUGGCUCAGCCUGUGUGAAAAUCUGUAGCUACUUGGUCUCUGUACCGUAUAUAUAUAUAUAUAUAUAUAUAUAUAUAUAUAUAUAUAUAUAUAUAUAUAUAUAUAUAUAUAUAUAUAUAUAUAUAU